AUGCAGCUGCUUCCCCUUAUCUACCAGCAUCUGCUGCACGCGGGCUACGUGCGCGCGGCGCGGGAAGUGAAGGAGCAGAGCGGCCAGAAAAGUCUCCUGGCUCAACCUUUCACCCUGUUGGACAUCUAUACACACUGGCAACAAACCUCAGAACUUGGCCAGAAGCGGAAGGCAGAAGAUGAUGCAGCGCUGCAAGCCAAGAGGAUCCGAGUGUCAGACCCCAUCAGCAGCUCCGAGAGCUCCGAAGAGGAGGAGGCAGAAGCUGAAGCCGCCAAAGCUACCCCAAGACCAGCAUCUAACAACUCCUCAGCCAUGGGGGUGGUUUUGCCAUCAAGCGUGAAAGAAAAGGCCAAGACAAAGACCAGGAACGGCAGCAAAACGGUGAACUCUGUGCCACACCUUGCCUCGGGGAAGGCAGUAGUCCACCUCCUUUCCGGGAAGUCACCUAAGAAGUCAGCAGAGCCCUCCGGAAAUACUGUUUUGGUCUCGGAAACUGAGGGAGGCAGCAUCCGGGCCCUUGGAGCCACUACUAAGCCUGGGACAGUGUCAGCAGCCCAGACCAACAACUCCAGCAAGGACACCUCCAGCUCCAGCGAUGAAACAGAUGUGGAGGUAAAGACAUCUGAGAAAAUCCUUCAGGUUAGAGCUACCCCAGCUUCUGGCAAAGGGGCCACAUGUGAGCUCCCUGGGAAGGCAGGGCCCAUAGCCACACAAGCCAAGGCAAGGGGCCCCAAACAGGACUCAGAGAGCAGUAGUGAGGAGGAGUCUGACAGUGAGGUGGAGACACCAGCUGCUAUGACUGUGCUUCAGGCAAAGCUCUUAGGAAAGACUCCUCAGGUCAGAGCUGCCUCAGCCCCUGCCAAGGCGCCCCCCAGGAAAGGGGCCCCUCCAGCAGCCCCUGGGAAGACAGGGCCUGCAGCCACCCAGGCCCAGGUGGGGAAGCAGGAGGAGGAUUCGGACAGCAGCAGUGAGGAGUCAGACAGUGACGGGGAGACACCAGCAGCCCAGACCCUAACCACGAACCCCUCCCAGCUGAAGCCCUCCGGAAAGACCCCGCAGGUCAGAGCUGCCUCAGCCCCUGCCAAGGCGCCCCCCAGGAAGGGGGUCCCUCCAGCAGCCCCUGGGAAGACAGGGCCUGCAGCCACCCAGGCCCAGGUGGUGAAGCAGGAGGAGGAUUCGGACAGCAGCAGUGAGGAGUCAGACAGUGACAGGGAGACACCAGCAGCCCAGACCCUAACCACGAACCCCUCCCAGGCAAAGCCCUCGGGGAAGCUCCUCCAGGUCAGACCUACCUCGGGUCCCACCAAAGGGCCUCUGGGGAAAGGGGCUACCCCUAAACCCCCUCAGAAGUCAGGGCCUAUGGCCAUUCAGGUCAAGGCUGAAAAGGCCCAGGACGAGUCAGAGAGCAGUGAGGAGUCAUCUGACAGUGAGGAGGAGGCACCUGCAGCCGUGACUCCAGCUCGGGCAAAACCAGAGCUGAAAACACCUCAGUCCAAGGCUUCCCCCAGUAAAAGCACCCUCCUCACCCCCACAUCUGCCAAGGGUGUCCCAGUGCGAGUGGGCACCCCAGCCCCUUGGAAAGCGGGUACAGUGACUUCUACAUCGUGCCCAGCGGUGCCUCAGGGCACCCAGAGGCCAAAGAAUGAGUCUUCGAGCAGCGAGGUGGAGUCGGAGCGUGAGGAGGCUACUCCUGCAGCAGUAGUGGCUCAGGCAAAGUCUCUGGGGAAAGGCCUCCAAGGUCAAGCUGGCUCAGCACCCACCAAGAGGCCCUCAGGGCAAGGGGCCACCCCAGUGCCCCCUGGGAAGACAAGGCCCACAGUUGCCCAGGUCAGAGCUGAAGCUCACGAAAGCUCCGAGAGCAGUGAGGAGGAAUCUGACGACAGUGAGGUGGCAGCAGUCGUGACUCCACCACAGGCAAAAGCCCCAGGGAAAACCCCUCAAGCCAAAGCCAACCCAGCUUCCACCAAGGCAUCUACAAACAAAGGGGCAGCAUCAGCUCCUGGAAAACCAGUCACUGUGGUUGCGCAAGCUAAACCAGGAUCCAUUACCAAGGGAAAGUCACCAGGGAGAACCCCGAGGGACAGUACCAUCUCAGCAAGGGGCCAGGCAGCAGCAGCAGGGAAGGGAGUGACCACAGCAGCCCGGGCCCAGGAGGGUCCCACUCAAGGGUCAGAAGAGAAGGACUCGGAGAGCAGUGAGGAGUCCUCAGAGAGUGAGGAGAAGGUGCCAACCCAGGUAAAGCCCUCGGGGAAGACCCCGCAGGUCAGAGCUGCCUCAGCCCCUGCCAAGGCACCCCCCAGGAAAGGGGCCCCUCCAGCAGCCCCUGGGAAGACAGGGCCUGCAGCCACCCAGGCCCAGGUGGGGAAACAGGAGGAGGAUUCGGACAGCAGCAGUGAGGAGUCGGACAGUGACGGGGAGACACCAGCAGCGCAGACCCUAACCACGAACCCCUCCCAGGUAAAGCCCUCGGGGAAGACCAUGCAGGUCAGAGCUGCCUCAGCCCCUGCCAAGGCACCCCCCAGGAAAGGGGCCCCUCCAGCAGCCCCUGGGAAGACAGGGCCUGCAGCCACCCAGGCCCAGGUGGGGAAGCAGGAGGAUUUGGACAGCAGCAGUGAGGAGUCGGACAGUGACGGUGAGACACCAGCAGCCCAGACCCUAACCACGAACCCCUCCCAGCUGAAGCCCUCCGGGAAGACCCCGCAGGUCAGAGCUGCCUCAGCCCCUGCCAAGGGGUCCCCUGCGAAUGGUACCUCUCCAGCAGCCCCUGGGAGGACAGGGCCUGCAGCCACUCUGGCCCAGGUGGGGAACCAGGAGGAGGAGGAUUCGGACAGCAGCAGUGAGGAGUCGGACAGUGACGGGGAGACACUGGCAGUGAGGAGUGCAGCCCAGGUCCUUUCCUUGCAGAAGGAUGUUGCCUCAAAAACUGCCAGAAGCAACGCCCUGACCCUGGCACCCCCAGAAAAGAGCCCAGAGGGGUCCUCCGAGACCAGUGAUGAGGAGCUGCCCUCCAGCCAGGUGAUUAAAACCCCUCUGAUUUUUGUCGACCCUAAUCGUAGUCCAGCUGGCCCAGCUGCGACCCCUGCACAAGCCCAGGCUGCAAAUGCCCCAAGGAAGGCCCAGGCCUCCAGCAGCACUGCCGGGAGCUCCUCCUCCGAGAGCGAGGAUGAGGAUGUGAUCCCCGCUACGCAGUCCUUCAUGCCUGCUGUUAAAACAGAGGUGGUGACUAUGUCCACUGCCUCCCCAAGGAUGGCCCCCAGAGCCAGCAACACCCAGGAGUCCAGUGGGGUAUCACCGGGCCAGAAACAGGAGGCAGCCACCGCUCAGGUAACAAAGAGGAAUCUGGCUUCUCUCCCACUGACUCAGGCUGCCCUAAAGGUCCUUGCCCAGAAAGCUGGUGAGGGCCAGCCUUCAAGUGAGGCUGGCAGUGCCGCGGGGACACUGCCUGUGACACGUACCCAGAGCAUCCCUGUCCAGGCCAGAGUGACCAACAAGCUCAGAAAACCCAAGCCGUCUGAUGGCCAGCAGAGCACGGUCACCCCCUUGGGCCUCCCCAAAGCCAAAGCCCCUGGAAACUCGGACAACAGUGAGGAGAGCAGUGACAACUCUUCAGGAAGUGAGGAUGAUGCCGAGGGACCUGCAGCGACCCAGUCAGCCUCCAGGCUGGGUUCAUCGCCCUCCAAGAGGGAGACCUUGGUGGAGGAGACCACCGCAGAGUCCAGUGAGGAUGAGGUGGUGGCGCCCUCCCAGUCUCUCCUCUCAGGUUAUGUGACCCCUGGGCUGACCCUGGCCAACAACCAGGCUUCAAAAGCCACUGCCAGGCAGGACUUGAACCCCUCAGUUUCCUCUGCUCCACUCUCCAAAGAUGACCCAGCUGGCAAGCAGGCAGCCGAGCCCCAGCACACAGCAGCCACCGUGUCCCCUAAGUCAGGGAGUAAAGAGGCUGCCGCCGGCCCCACCCCUCAGAAGCCCUGGAAGACCAAGAAGCGGGCCAUGAGCAGCACAGCCUCUCUGCAGGCGCUGCAGAGCAGCAUCUCCCAGCGUCUCCAGGACCAGCCCGGGCCCCUGAAUGAGGCACAGGUGCAGGCCAUGGUGGUGAAGGUCCUGACGGAGCUGCUGGAGCAGGAGAGGAAGAAGGCCGAGGACACCACCGGGGAGGGCAGCGGGAAGGGCCAGAAGCGGAAGCUGUCAGGGGACCAGGUGGCCUCCAGGGCCCCCAAGGGCAAGAAGAAAAAGCAGCUGGAAGCCAGGGAAGGCAGGGAGGGUGCUGCUCUCGCAGAAAAGGCCCCAAGGACUUCCAAGGGGAAAUCAAAGAGAGACAAAGCAAGUGCUGACGUCAAGGAGCAGAAGGGAUCUCCUGGCUCCAGAGGGGCCAUGGACAAGCCAGAUGGGGAGCUUCUUAAGGCAGAGGCUGGAAAUCAGAAUGACCCAAAGAACAAGAAAGAGAAGAAGAAAUCGAAUAAGAAAAAAAAAGACAAGGAAAAAAAGGAAAAGAAGAAAGGAAAAAAGGCUUCAGCCAAAGACUCUGAUUCACUGUUCCAGAAGAAAAAGAAGGAAAAGAAGAAGACGGCAGAGCAGACAGUGUGAGUGGCCCCGGCACCAGGAACUUCUUAGUGGAGUGGUGACCAUCCCAGGCCUCUGCCCUCUACCUACCGUGGGUUGGGACUGAAUUUGGACUUUCCCUCUCUCCACAGAAGAUAGCAGCCAGCGGCACGGUCCUGGUGCUGGCCAGGCCAGCGGGCCUGCGAGGAAGUUCGGUCCAAUGAGGAAGUGAGCCCUGCUCGUGGGACCUCGCCCCACCUUCCCCAGAGACAGGGCACCUCAUAUAGAUGUGUACAGUAUAUAUAUAUAUUUUUUCAGUGACCUGCCCCCUCCUUCACAUCCAACUUGCCCCAGGGCCUCCGACCUCCCACUGCUGUGCUUUACAGAUGGAGCUGUGGCGUGCCACAUGGUCUCUGGCUGAUCCUGGGGCUUUGUCCUCUUUUAAAAACUCAAAAAUAAAGGAAAGGUACAAGCUCCAUUGCAUCUGGGGCAAGUGCUGUGCAAUGAACUGUGUGGAGAGGACAGUUGGUCGGCACCUGGCAGGGAGCAAGCAGCACCCCGGCCUCCUGCUUGGGUGCCGAGUGAGGAAGAGUGUCAGGGAAGUUGCUGAGGGCCCACUGGGUGGGACGAGCUUCCUGAGGAGGCAGCAGCUAAGCCUAAGGAAACAAAAGGCUGCUCCUGGGUGUUUUCUGGAAGCUGGAGUGGGUCUCAGACACCGAGGUGAGAAAUGGGAGGGGCUCAGGAUCCAUAGCCGAGUUACCGCGUGACAAGAACAAGCUCUCGUGGGCUAGGAGGAGAACACAGUGGGAGCGAUGGUAGAGCCAGGACGUGGCUAGAAGGCUCGUUUCUGGGCCUGAGCAGUGUGGAGCACUAGCAGUCCGGGCCGUUUCCUCGGACACUUAGUCUCCUGGAGACAGUCGGAGGCCAUGCAGAAAGAGAAAGUGGGGCUGGAGGUCUUGGAGACCCGGGUGGCACUCAGGACCUUCGGCCACUCCCCACCCCUCCUGAGUAUGUUGGUCUAGAUCGAGGCGACAGACAAGUGACCUUAUUGGUCUGUGUUGACCCACAAAAGUUUCUAAACUUCAAAAGUGGAGCAAUCUUACCAA